UGGUUUACCUCUCAGACUCCAGAAGAUGAAGAAAGAGGAGGAAGAGGAGGACGGAGUAUCCAGCUGUGUGUCUAUGAAGAGUGAUUGGUCCAAUGAGCAUCCUCCACUCUUCAGUAAUGAACCUGGACCCUCAGACACAAAAGAGACAAGAUGAUGAAGGCGGACCUCCUUAAGCUUCUGGAAGAUUUAACAGGUGAAGAUUUUGAGAAUUUCAAGUGGUACCUGAAGAAUGAAAAGGUGAACGACAUCCCAGCCAUCCAAGAGAGCCAGCUGGAGACAGCAAAGAGGCGAGAUGUUGUAGAUCUGAUGGUGCAGAAAUAUGAAUUUUCUGGAGCUGUGGAGGUGAUGAAGAGCGUUUUAAAGAAGAUCAACAGGAAUGAUCUAGUGGAGGAGUUAAACAUCAGCUCAGGAUCAGAAGGCCCAGCAGCCCCUCUGCCCCCGCCAGAUGAACCAGUCCCACCAACUGUAGAAGGAGGUCUUUGUAAGGUCACUGUGAGGAGGAAAUGUCAAAAUGUGACUGAAACAAGUGAUGAACCAGGAGGUGAAACCUACUUCAAUGAUAAAUACACUGAUGUCUACAUCACAGAGGGAAGGAGUAACGAGCUUAAUACUCAACAUGAGGUGUGGCAGCUUGAGACAACUUCCAAGAUGAAGACCCUCCAUGACGCUCCAAUCGAGUGCCACGACAUCUUUAAAGCCUUACCCAACCAAAGCAAACACAUCCAAGUGGUUCUGAUGAACGGCGUCGCUGGCAUUGGAAAAACCUUCUCAGUGAGGAAGUUCGCUCUGGACUGGGCAGAGGACUUGAAAAACCAACAUAUCAGUCUGCUGUUUCUGUUUCUGUUCAGGGAGCUGAACUUGAUCAAGCAUAAGAAGUACAGUCUGCUCAUGCUGAUCUGUCAUUUCUAUCCAACAUUACAACAGAAGCUCACAGCAGAGAAGCUCGCUGUCUGUAAAGUUCUGUUCAUCUUUGACGGCCUGGAUGAAAGCAGACUUUCACUGGAUUUCAACACCAAAGAAGUUGUGACUGAUGUCACACAGAAGACAUCUAUCAGCGUGCUGUUGACGAACCUCAUCGAGGGUAAGCUGCUUCCCUCGGCUCUCAUCUGGAUAACUUCCCGACCUGCAGCAGCCAAUCAGAUCCCUCCUUCAUGUGUGGACAGGGUAACAGAAGUACGAGGCUUCACUGAGGCCCAGAAGGAGGAGUACUUCAGGAAGAGAUUCAGUGAUGAAGAGCAGUCCAGCAGAAUCAUCUCACACAUCAAGACAUCCAGGAGCCUCCACAUCAUGUGUCACAUCCCAGUCUUCUGCUGGAUCACUGCUACAGUUCUGAAGGACAUGUUGACUACAGACAAGAGAGGAGAGCUGCCCAAGACCCUGACUGACAUGUACUCACACUUCCUGCUGGUUCAGACAAAGAGGAAGAAAAACAAGUACGAUGGGGGACAUAAGACGAGUCCACAGGAGCUGAAGAAGGCUGACAGGAAACUUCUUCUGAAGCUGGGGAGGCUGGCGUUUGAACAACUGAUGAAAGGAAACAUCAUGUUCUACCAAGAAGACCUGAAGCAGUGUGGUCUUGAUGUCACAGAGGCUGCAGUCUUAUCAGGAUUUUGUACACAGAUCUUCAAAACAGAGAAACUCCAGAAGAAAGCAGUCUACAGUUUUGUUCAUCUGAGUGUUCAGGAGUUUCUGGCUGCAGUCUACAUGUACCACUGUUACACCAGCAGGAAGGCAGAGGUACUGAAGGACUUCCUGGUAGGAGAAGACAAACAUGGUGAAACAUCUUUCGUUGAGAAGAUUACUGCUUUGUUCAGAAGGAGUGGUGGGCACUACCCAACUCUGGAUGACUUCCUGAAGGGAGUCAUGCAGAUAUCUCUCUUCAGUAAAAAUGGCCACCUGGAUCUAUUUGUCCGCUUCCUUCAUGGCCUCUCUCUGGAGUCUAACCAGAGUGUCUUAGGAGACCUGCUGGGUCAGACAGAGGACAGUCCAGAAACCAUCCAGAGAGUCACCAACAACCUGAAGGAGAUGAACAGUGGUAAUAAAUCUCCUGACAGAAGCAUCAACAUCUUCCACUGUCUGAUGGAGAUGAACGACCGCUCAGUACAUCAGGAGAUCCAACAGUUCCUGAUGUCAGAGAACAGAUCAGAGAAGAAACUCUCUGAGAUCCACUGCUCAGCUCUGGCCUACAUGCUGCAGAUGUCAGAGGAGGUUCUGGAUGAGUUGGACCUGGAGAAGUACAACACAUCACUGGUGGGACGAAAGAGACUGAUCCCAGCUGUGAGGAACUGCAGAAAGGCUCGACUUUCUCGCUGUUAUCUCUCAGAGACUGAGUAUGAAGUUGUGGCCUCAGCUCUGAAGACCAACCCCCAUCUGACAGAUCUGGACCUGAGCUACAACGUCCUGAAUGAUUCAAAGAUGAAGCUUGUGUGUGCUGGACUGGAGAGUCCAAACUGUAAACUGGAGACUCUGAGAUUGUGUGGCUGCAGGUUGACAGAGACCAGCUGUGCUCCUCUGGUCUCAGCUCUGAAAGACAACCCCUCCCAUCUGAGAGUGCUGGAUCUGAGCUACAACGAGCUGCAGGAUUCAGACGUGAAGCUACUGUCUGAUUUUAAGGAGAAUCCAGACUGCAGACUGGAGACUCUGCUAUUGGAGGACUGCAGUUCAUCAGAGACCAGCUGUGCUCCUCUAGCUUCAGCUCUGAAGUGCAGCCCCUCCCAUCUGAGACAUCUGAAUCUGAAUAACAACAAGCUGCAGGAUUCAGAUGUGAAGCUACUGUCUGAUCUUCUGAAGAAUCCAGACUGCAGACUGGAGGUUCUGGGAUUGGAGGACUGCGGUUCAUCAGAGACCAGCUGUGCUCCUCUGGCUUCAGCUCUGAAGUGCAACCCCUCCCAUCUGAGACAUCUGGAUCUGAGUGGCAACAAGCUGCAGGAUUCAGUCGUGGAGCUACUGUCUGAUCUUCUGAAGAAUCCAGACUGUAGACUGAAGGAUCUGCUGUUGGCUGACUGCAGUUGGUCAGAGACCAGCUGUGCUUCUCUGGUCUCAGCUCUGAAGUGCAACCCCUCCCAUCUGAGACUGCUGGAUCUGGGUAACAACAAGCUGCAGGAUUCAGGAGUGGAGCUGCUGUCUGAUGUUCUGAAGAGCCCAGAA